AUGGCGUUCAGGCGGCACUUCUCUCGCGUCGGCUCCGCCGAGCGCUGCACAGAGACCAUCUUCACUGACCACCAACGACAGGUGUGCGACUACGCGCUCGUCUACGCGGAGAAGAAGAACGACGGCGAAGCGCCGUACUCGGUCUCCUUCACCGCGACGCAGAGCGGCGACGUCAUCGUACAGCUGCACCCGCACUCGCAGCUCGAGCGCGCUGUACGCCACGAGCGGCAGGCGCAGGCCACGGAGCCGCCUGCGAGCGCGAGCCCUGCGGCGCCGCCCGGCCGCCCCUGCCGCAGCGCCGCCAGCCGCGGAGCCGGCGCCCAAGACGUACGCCGCCGCAGCCGCAUCGCAGCCGCAGGGAAGCGUGGGCAGCAGCAGCGCGGCAAGGGCCGCGGUGCCAGGGGCCGUGCCGAUGCUGGACCCCGUCUCGUUGACAAGAACGCGCUGUCCGCGCGCGGCAGCGGGCCCUCGCGCCAGUCGCGCUCGCCGUCGCCCGACUCUCCGCCCGCCAAGCGGGCCGCCUCCGCUGACUCGUCCGGCUAUGAAACCGAUACGCCGGACGAGGUGCAGCAGGAGGCGGUCCGCAGGGUAUGCGGCGCGCUCGGCAUGAGGGAGCAGUUCGAGGCGGCGAUGGCGGCGGGCGAGCUGCUCGAGAUGCUCGAGAGCUUGCCGCGAGGGGCGGUCGAGGCCUCCGUUCGGCUGAUGCGCGGUUACAACCGCACGGGCGAGUGGCCAGAGCCCAUUCUCACCAGCCCUACCCCGCAGCGCGGCCGCUCGCCAAGCCCCGUCGAUGAGUGGUCAGAUGGUUAG